GACACGCUCUCCAUCUGUGUCCAGUGCGCGGAUUAGAAGCUCAUUAUCCUCUUAGCUCUAAAUGGCCCCACGUUCCUGCACUCCGCUCUCCAACUCAUCUGCUGUCUGAGACGCGGGCGGCUGGAGCGUGACACGAAAGCGAGAUUCGUGCGUAAAAAUGAUCGUGCCCACCACUCAGUGAUUCCUAGCCGUUGCGCAUUACGCGUGAAUUGCCGGGACAGCCCUCUCCAUCGUCCGUCCGCGCGCCUGCUUGGGCACACUGCCUGUCCGUCCGUCCAUUAUGUGUCUAACCCACUGAUCUUUUACAGACUGUAAUCUUAUCAGUGUCAAACCGGAGCUGCCCUGUCCUCUCGGGCAAUUUUUGUCCCUCGUUGGAUGGCGUCUGAGCGCGUAUUUGGAUAAAAAAACGACUCUUUACCACAGACGACUUUCAUCAGCAGAGGCAUUAGUUGGAGUUUUGGUUACAUGCGCGGUUAAACGUGUGAUAAGAUGAACAUUUGAGCGUUUUAAACUGUGAUCAGAAGAAGACAUGGAGUCUACAUGGAAAGAAAGGAGUUUUUUAUAUGUACUUCUCUUUGCAGUGUGCACUACCAGCGUUUGUCUCUGUGCCAGAAGAUCAAAUGUGCGGAGAUCCGGUGAGUAUUUUUGUUAGAACAAUGAAAAUUAUCAUUCAAACUGAAACAUUGUGAGCAGGAGCAACAUUUGGACUAAGCUUUCCGUUUGUCUGAUUACAUAAAAUCUGAUUUAAAACUUUGAUUUGUUCCAUUUGAGUUUGAACAGCAACUACACCUUUAGAAAUGAAAUAACAGCUAUAGUUUGAGUGAACAAAAUUGUCAUGCUCUAGUUUAUAUUAGUCAAAUCAAAAAGUAUUGAUUUAUAUAGUCUGAUUUUUAUCACCAGGACAUCAAGUGGAAUCUUUAUUGGACCUCUGAACAUACAUAAGGGUGAAUAUUCUGCAACAGAGCAGCAUGCUGCUUAUCUUACAUCAUGUGAAGAAAAUACCAACUCCUCAUUUUGAGCUCCUUAGAAGAAUUAAUCUGUAAUCAUGCCUGCUGGUUUAAAAUUACGAGAGGGAAACUGUAAAGUUAAAACUUCAGAAUAUGAGGUUGUGACUUUAGUGGGUAAACAUAAAGGUGAAAUAAAUCUAUUCUCUCCCCUCAAAAUUUUGCUUUCCUGAACAUUAUACUAUGUAAACUUAGACAUUUGUGAAAACAGAUUGAGAAAAAUAAGGAUAGGAAAAUGAACCGACAGCACAAGCAUCAAACUUGUCAGUUUGCUCUUUUUGGCAGUAAAUCCCUGCAUGCUUAUUUCUUCACUUCCUCUCUGUUUACUCUCUUUCUCUCUUCCCUCUCAUUGUCUACAUCUUUCUUUGAUAUCAUGCGACUCUGAACCCUUCUUUUGUUUCAAGUCUUUCUCCCUUUUUUCCUCCUCUUCCUCUCUCUCCAUCCCUUCCUCUCUCUCUGUCUGUCAGUCAGCUAUCCUGCCUGUCAGAGGUAUCCCUCACUCCCUCGCUCUUUCAGACCCACAGGCCACAGCAGGCUGGCCGGUACAUCUGUUUCAGUGCAGAAGACUCACCACAGACCUGACUGUCAUACAGAGGGCAGCUUUAGUUUGGCUUUCAUGAUUGCCAGUGACAUUUGUACUUGAUUUUCUCUGUUUGUUUUGAGGUAUUUCAGGCUUUUAUUCUGAGGGGAGGGGUGAAAGUCAGCAGGGCUUCGUGUCUUGGUGAAUCACAUCAGAAGACAAGGAGUGAGUUUAGAUUGAAUGACAUGUGCCCUCAAGGUGGUCGAAGUUUUUCAGGGAUCUGACAGGUUUUUGUUUUUUUUUCAUUAUAGAAAGCUUUUGGACCACUUUUUGGAACCAGCCUGUGCUUUUAUUUACUCACCCUUUUCUUUUAAGUCUUUGAAAGCCUUUUUUUCCAAACCACAACUUCUCAUGAAAACCAUAAAUUUGGACCAACUCUUACUUUCACAGCAGAACAAAACAAAGGAGUUUGGAAUAAAAGGUCUUAUGCUUAAUUUACUAUUCCCUCAGCUCCUCUGAGGUGCAUCAAAACAGCAUAUUUCUUACUGGUUGUUAACUUAUGGUUAAGUCAGACACAGGAAGAGUUGUGUUUUAUACACAGCUGACUCUGAAAGUGAAGGUUUGAAAUCAGAGAGAUGAAGCUGGUGAUUUGUCCAGGGAUACAUGUCAAAUUUUACAACAUGACAGUAACUUAUCAUGUAAGAGAAAGUGUUGUGAGAACACUUUCACUAAAUAAAUAAAUACUACCUGCCAGAGUGUAAGUAAUGAAUUUUUAAAUUCUGAAAUACUGAAAUAUUGAUCAGGGUGUUGCCCCUAAACCCAGCAUGUGUCAAGCAAAUUCAGGAACUAAGAAAAGGCUGAAGCCUUUUAGAUGACAAGUGAAUGAGAUGAUACAGCUAAUCUUCUAAUAAUGUGGAGAAAUGUGCAUGCCUUUUACACUGCACGACAGCACUAUGCUCAACUGCACCUCAGGCAGUUUUGACACUUGCUUAAGUUGUUUCCCUCCGUCUCGAUCUUUACUUGUGUUUUACCUGCUCUUAAUUAUACAUCACUGCGGACAAAAGUAUCUGCUAAUGACAUUUUUACAUCACGAGACAGUGUGUCGUCUUGUAAAGUGGUAUUAAGCGAGUAUUGUAAAAGUUUGCAUCAGCCCUGACUUACUUUGUCCCAGUCAAGGUUUGGAGUUUGCAAUGUCUCCUAUGGUCUGUCCAUAGACUGUAUAUAGAAUGGACGCCAUCUGCCUCCUCGACGGUUGAAGCCACUCCGAGAACAGCACCCUCUGGCGACAGGCUGCAGUAUAGGACAAACUUUAGAAAUUUAUUACACAAAAUGUAAUUUUUUCCCCCCUGCUUGUGAUGUUGACAUGUAGUAACUGUAAGACUGGUUUGUGCUCAAGUCCUCUUUUUUCUGUACAGCUCCAUUUUUAAAAGUUAUUAGGGGGUUCAUGUUUUCUAUGAUUGACACCUGAUACAGCCUAUGGGCGUACGAAGAUUGUGUAGUUCACCGGGGGGAUACACUGUUUGAGCUGAGCGUCGUCACAGCGACUCUCAGUGACUUUCCCGCCGAAUACGCACAACGCUACUGUGCAAUGUUGGUUUCAGGAAGUUUAGAGAAAACAGAAAUACAGAGAGCUUUUCAACUUCAAAUCGGUAUACUGGCGGAGGAUGGAACCAAGUUGUCCUAGUAUAUAUACAGUCUAUUGGUCUGUCACACUGUGAGACUCUACUCAGUACAUUCAAAUAAAACUUAAUAAAAAACACUGUCUGUCAAAUUAUGGAGGGUAAACAAGGAGGUGACUUUACUAUAAUACACUCAAAUGACCCACUCACAAGUCAUCUUCCAUUUCACAUGACUUAUUUUAAAAGUCAUGUUUUAUCUGCGUUACCAGCCUCAUGACAGAAACCUCUCACUAAAGGAAAACUCAAAGUCAUCUGGAUGUGAUUCUGUGCAUUGUCCAGGGUUAUAAACCAACAUCAACAGCCUCUACUGCCUCACACUACUAACCAAGUGAGGACAUGGUAUUACCUUGUGCUCAUUGAAGCUCGAUAUCAAUUCUUAUUUGUCUUUUUAAGACAAGAGUCUGUCCUGCUAUAUUGUGACAACCCUUAAUCAAAAUGACCACACUGGUUGUUUGUUUACACUCUCUGAAAAGAGCCACUAAAGUGUUUCCUCACAGAGUGCUCUCACUAACACCCGGGAACACGACUCCACCCCUACACACAUUUGUGAGUGACUUUGGUGUAAGAGGUUCACCUUGACUUUUGAUUUCCAAUGAUCAACGUCAAUCCCCUCUGCAAGAGUCCUGAUUUCAGUCUAUCUCAGAACCUGUAAAAUAAUGUCCAAAUUUAGGGUUGAUGGUGCAGGCAGCUGUUAUCUUGGCUGCCCACUGAGCAUUUUUUGAUCUAAAAGAGGUCUAAUAGACGUCUUAAUGUAGCCUAGACGACUGGUCUAAAAUCAGGCUACCACAGGUCCAAAAAUUAAAGUUUUUUAGACGUGUAAAUUUAGACCAAGUCUAAAUCUGGGCUAUAUCUAUACUACACUGUAUAUUGCUUAGUGGCUAAGGUACUUGGGGAUCAGUUAUGCUACUCACAGUUGCUUUUUUAAAAUAAAUAGUUAUUGAAUAAUGGGUUAAAGUGCAACGUCUAAAUUCUGUCUAAAAAUAUACAGAAUCUAGACGGUUUAAAUAAGGUCUAAAAAAACAACGUCCAAUAGCAGUCUAUCGCUCAAUGGGUGCAUUUGUUUAUUACAUUAUUUCAUGAUGCUCAUUGUACUGUAAUUGGAUGAGAGGGAGGAGCCAGAGUGCAUUAUGGGGCUGGCAAACUCUAAAUGUGUUACGGUCUAUUCUUGAUGCUAAUUCAUAAGCUGGUUAAUCAGAGAGUUUGUUUGUGUUUACUGCAUUAAUACUAAAAUAAGCUAAGAGGACUUGAGGGACAUCUGUGUGCAAAAGCUAGCAACUGGUGAAAAAAACAAUUGAUGUAACCUACUACAGCUGGUUGUCUUCUUUAAGUAAGAACCUGAAGUGAUCCAGACUUCUUACAGGGGCACAGGAGACCAUUUGCUUGAUGCGAACAUCCCCUAAAUGCACGAAUGCUAGGUUAGCUUGGAGUCACGCCAGAGUCAUAAAAGCACAAACUGCCCGUGGAUACCUAGAAAACUGUAAAGAGCAUCAGACAUGUUGUUUUUUCAGUAUAUUAAAGUGCAUGAAGCUUUAGAGAUUAUCAUUAUAUGUAGGGGGUAACCAGCAGGGUGCCCCAAAAUCAAAGUCUGCUCUCGGGGAUGUUGUAAGAUGUUGCAGGGAUUGUUGCAUGUUUGGGUUUCAUUGUUGUUGGCGUGCUGUGACGGGCAUGGUGCAGGUUCUGCUUUAAGCCUUGAGCCUGUUGACACUCUGAAGUGGUCCAUUAGCUUUACACAGGUUCUGACUCCUUCACAGAGGUGAUGACUAGUGAAGUGGAAGCAAACACGACCCUUUUAGGUUUAGAAGUGAGGAGGAGGGUUUGAAAAGCAGGGGAAACCCUCAGAGAAGAAAAACCUGCACAAGAAGAAGCCUGAGAAAUCUACGUACAGAGAUCAUUCACUUUGUCACAGAAUUAAUCAUGUCAAGGAGGUUUUUAAUCACUUCCAAACACCACACUGAUAUUUAAUGUAUGUUGUCAUCAAGCUCUGUAUCUUCUGUGAUGGUCUGGAUACAAUAAUAAUAAUAGUCGUAUUAAUCUUUCAUUAUUUGUGCAAACAAUAUAACAUAAGGUGUACAACUUUGAGGCUGUGAGGGUGCUUGUCUGCUCUCGUUUUCCCAUUAAAACCAAGUAAUGCAUAUACAGCCGGUCAUCAAGGGCAAGGAUGAUUUACACCUUCACAGCGCCAUCUACGUCUUUCUUCUCUGAGAGGCCUCUCAAGUGUUUUCAGGCUGCAGUUGGGCCUUGCAUGUGCAAUCACAAUCUCUUGAAGAGUCACACAAGCACCCAGGAAUGAAUAACUCAGAGCAUGAAAAUAAUAGCAUUACGUCAAAGUCAGUCGAUUUUUGAGGGCAGCUCAUCAAGCUGCAGGUGACACCAUUUCAAAAGGUACUCAGAGCAACCUUCAAACAAGCUAAAGUGGAUAUGGGACUGCUUCUUUUUAGGUUCUAAUUUGCUUUUUUGAAAAACAUUGCAUUUCUUGGGAAUCAAUAAAACUAUUGACAAAACAAUUAAAUAAUCAAUAGUUCUUUAUGUAUGUAGUGAAACACUUUAACCCAACUGAAAAAAAGCUGAAAUUAGUUUUUAACUCAUAUUUAUUGUGAAAUACUUUCCUCAAAGACGAGAGGAGAGAGAGCUUUUAAAACGUAAUGUGUCAUUGUAAUGAGCAACCACUGUAUUUUCUUUAAACUCAUGUCAGCAUGUUACGCACCUCCCCACUGGGUGCAAUAUUGUGUAUGCGUGCUUGACAAUAUAAUAAUGUUAUCAACGUGGGAAUGAGACAAGCGACCGUGACAAACAUUGCAUUUACGUCACUUUAAAUCACCCGUUGACCAGUUUGUGAUCAGUUCAUCAAAGUCACACUGUUGCUUUAUCAAACAUAUCAUUACUCAUUCAUUUUAUCUUCCUCUGUGUUUGUUUGAACCAGAUCGUCUGAGUCCCCCUUUAGACAUCCAGCUAGAGACGAUCAACUGCACCGCCUUCAGUGUACGAUGGAAGAUGCCCCGACGACACGUUAGCACCAUCACCGGGUACAAGGUAGUAUAAGCCAUGAUUUUUCAUUAAGUAAUGGCACAGGUGGAGCAGUAUUCGUUUCCUUUCAUUGUGACUUUUUUUGUGCUUUCAUCGUCAAUUUUACAAUCAUGUCAGUAAAGUGUAGGUUUAAAAAAACUAGUUUAUGGGAAACAGGCUACACCUGAUAAAUAUAUUCUGUUAUAAAUCUAAUUUAUUCCUGUUUUUAUCAAGUUCGUUAUUGUAAAGCUCCAUUCAAUUAACAUGACUGACAUUUACAAGGUAGCUGUUAUUUGUUGGUUUGUCAGACAUUUGUGUGAUGGCUCUCUUGUUUGCUACCAAGCACAAAUGAAGAGCAUCCUGAGGUAAAACCAACCUAUGAAACUAUUUGAAACCAGGAGAAGAUGAAAAUAUUUGCUCAACCCAACAGCAGGACUUUUUAUUCGCCUUUUUUUUCUUUUUAACAAGAGAGAGCCUUUCGACCAAGCAAACAUAAAAAACAACUCCACAAAUAAGCCGUAAAUCAAAUUUCCUAUCAGUUUUUUUUCCCCAAAUGGAGGCACAUCUUCCCUUCCAGGCCCUGGUAUUGGUGGCCCCCACCUUCGCCUGUCUUUAAAGUGCCAAUCAACUCUGCUGUCCAGAAGGAUGGCCUUGAGGCUGGAUUGAUCUUUGAAAUUGUCUUUUUUUAUGAUGAAGCCUGGUCUCUAGCAUUUUAUAACUUAGUAAAGUGUUGCUCUAAAAGAUGUGGCUGCAAAUAUCUUUAUUUCCUUUUUGACCAUAUAUUUUUUGUACCGCUGUAGGUGAGUCCACUUCUGGCUACUUUGGUUGUACAUGAUGGACAAAAUUUAAGUAACAUAUAAGUUCAGCUGUGUGUUGCAAUGGGUAUUGUUCUUAUGAACCAAUGGAUUGAAUGCUAAAUUAAAUCCUUUUUAUUCCAACUUUGAGUUACAUUUAGUGUCAUAACCAAUCAUCUCUUCUCCCUCUGCAAUGUUUGUUUUGGUUCAACCAUUAACAAAGUGUGGAUCACUAUGACUGCGUGUGCUUUGCUGUGGACCAUAUGUCUACACUAAGAGGAUUACACAACUACCUAGCGUCCCCACUACUCACAGAUAGACAUGUGCAUUCAUUUGGCCAAUCACUUUGGAUGUCCAUACAUAAUCCUACCCUCAUAGUUUUUUCUCUAGAAAAUGUUACAUUUGUACUAUCAUGACUUAACAAGAUUCACACAAUCUAGCAACCUUUGAAACGUAACAAACAUAACCUUUAUGAAUGCCAAGUACGAACCCUUUCAUUCUGAUAUGUGUUUGAGUGUCUUAAUCAUGAAAACGUGUGUUUAUGUCUCUUUUACUUUAAUUUUGUGUAUUUGUCUUUCAGGUCUUCUACACAGAGAUGAGGAAUGGCCGUCCAAUGGGUGCACCAUCUUUGAUGGAUGUCCCCCUUAGCUUGGACAUGCUGACCACAGUAAGAGCCCUUACUUUGCUUGUGUGAAAUUCUAGUUUUGUCCAUUACCUUUACAUGUUUUUAGAAAACAGUGUUAAACCGUAUGUUAUAUUGUCAUUGUCAUCUCUAAACCUAAAAGAAUUCUGCUUUACUGGGCCUGGAUUUUGAUAUAAAUUACAGAGUUGUAACUCACAUGGUUGACACUCAUUCCAAAUAUUUUUUAAUUUAUUGAGCCAUUCUUUGUUUAAUCCCAGCUGCACUUGAUACAUAUCAUUCUCCACAAUCACCCAACAAGCACACCAUCUUAAUAUGCUGGUCCAUUUAAUCUGCAAAAAUUCCCUCUAGUUUUUCUCGUACUUCUACUGCCCUGCAGUAGUGCUGCAGUCAUUCUCCAAGCUCCACUCUGUUCUCGCUCUCAUCACUCUCCAAAUUUUCUGCAUGUGAAACAAAUUUGCAUGAGGUCAGAGCCCAGAGGCCGAAUUCAAACAAAGUUCUGCUGCUGAAAUAAACCUUUCAAACAUGUAUUGUCUGACUGAACCUGUUUUUGUGUUUGUAUUUCCACUGGUUUUAAAGCUGACCCCACAUGCACCUUAUGGGAGCCUUAAAGGGAUAUUCCGGCGUACACUUACACACUGUAACACCGAGUUAGACACACUGUUGAGAGAUGAAUGUUGCUGACCGCUUGGUUCUCUAGUUAUACCAACUUAAACGACCGCAGGAUAUCAAUACACAGCGGUCUGAGGAGCCAUAAACAAACCUUAACCAACACGCCACUCUAUAGCCACAAAUAAUGCUCAGAACAGCACCUAACUUCAUCAACAGUAUAUAUAGGGUCCUAGCCAUAGCACUAGCCUCCAAACAUCUUUUUAGCUUUGCCUUAUUUCUUUAGCAAAGAGACUAAACACAACUCACCUACUCUCUUUCAGCAGCCGCUUGUUUGUAGCGAGACCUCGGGCCAGUCCAUUACAGACUACAGCGGCGUGACGCAGCUCAAGGAAGAACAUUUCUGAUCAUUUCUUCAUGGAAAUGCAAUCAGACUGAAAUGCUUAGGCAGAAGAACUACCGUGUCUGCAAUGAAAAAUGAUUAUUGUGUUGAUUAUUACUUUAAGGAAAGGAUAAACAAAUGACAAAUGCUAUCCUGCGGUCAUUACUGAAGUUGGUAUAACUGGAGAAGCAAGCGGUCGGCAACAUUCAUCUCUCUCGGGGGUGUCUAACUUGUUUUUAGGGUGUGUUUGACCCUAAAUUAAUUUUACGCUGGAAUAUCCCUUUAACACGACUAAGAUAUGAAUUAACCUGUGGUUAAAAAUAGUCUUAGACUAGUGCACUGUCUGCUGUGUUCAAUCAUGCUGUAUGGGACUGUUGACUGUAAAAUCAUUCAGGUUUUCUGCAGCCUGACUUCAGUGACAACCUCCUCUAAUUGAGUAACCAUGAAAUUUAGCAGAAAUCUUUUCAAAUUUUUCCAAUUUUCUUGAAAAAUGUCUAAACUACAUAUCACCCUGUAAGUCAGCCAUCCCUCCAACCUGCUAUGAAAACAGAGAAUAUGUAUGCUUUGAAUGAUUCAAGCGUUCAUAGAUGCCUCUGCUUUCAACUUCUUACAGGGGCAAUUUGAUGGACAGGCAGGCUUUGUGAGUAUCAUCACAUUUUUUUUUUUUUAAUUUAUUAAUUACGCUUUGUCCCUUUUUUUCCCCAAACCUUUUCCAUCUUUUCAUUAUUGUUAUCAGUCUUUUUCUCCUUCCUCUUUACUCUUGCUGAUGUGUACAUACUUAAUUUGCCAUCUUUACAUGUUUUUCUGUCCUCACCCCUUAACUUCCCUGUGCUGUGCUCUCUAGGAUGUACACAUUGGUAAACUUAAGAUUAAUACCAAGUACAGAGUCAGUGUCGGGGCGUAUGGUUGGGCUGGGGAGGGCAGACCCAGCAUGGCCAGAGACAUUGGCACUGCUUCACAUGGUAAGAAUAUGUGAGUAGUGGGAAUCUAUUUUUACAGCUGCUGUUUUAUUUUCACUGUAGAGGUUUUUAACAUGUGUUACUUAGUUUUAUUUCUUUCUGUGUCAUCAGACAUGUGCAUGCCCCCAUCACCCCCUACUCAGCCUGUUGUCAUGGCUGUAUCUGACACCGAGCUGGCGUUGUCAUGGCAGCAGGGCGAAAGUGAGGGAAGCGCGCCUGUCCUUCACUUCCUGGUGGCUUACAUCAGGUCAGUGAUUGAUCAGCUAGAAAAAUUAAUGCACACUCAGAUACACACAGCUCACACAUACAAACAUGACAAACUAGUUCUUAUCCUCACUUGUAAAAGUAAAAGUGGCAACAUCGUGCAGGGAAAGAGUGGGCCUGAGUAAACAAAGAAAAAUCUGAAGGUAGAAAAAGACAAUGAGCAGUUUUUAAAAUUCUUUGAUUUUUCAUGGUGACUGUCACUGAUGAAGCAUUACAAAGCCUCUAAAGAUACAGGCUACCUAUAAGUUAUGAAGAUUAAUCUGUAAAUCAUGCAUGCAGCUAAUGGAAAUAACAGGACAACAGUUUAAGUUACAUCUUGUGGCAACAGUAAGAGGGCUAAGAAUAGUCAUAGUGCUGCAGGAAGAUCAAAUGAAAAGGUUUAGAUAAGAAAAUCACUACCCCUCUCCUGUCUGCAUGGAAAAUAUGUAAGAGAAAGCAGCCAGUACUUCAUCCUAGCUCAGUACAGGGAUUUGAAGUAGAGAGAAACAGAUUACCUGGUGCUGUAGAGGUUAAAAAAUAACCUUUUAGCACCUCUACAGCCAAGAUCAGACUCCACAUGACCCACACUUCUUUGUCCGUAGCAAAAUGGUCACUGUGUCAGAUAAGUUGAACACUGAGUAGGGCUGUGCAUUUACACCACCGUUUACGAUAACUGUCUUUUUAUAUAUAUUUUAUAUAAAUAUGAAAAAAUAAUAUUGUCCAAAAAAUUAGCCUAUUGUGAUACCCUGGGUUCACAAUAGCGGCCAUUAGUUGCCAUACGUCAUAAAAUGAAGGAGAAACGAAGGAGAAGUAGCAAGUGCUAGCAUGCUGGCUUUAGCUGCCCUGUCAGAGAUGAGGAGGUGGAUUGGGCUAUGAUCAUGCUGACAGCAUGUAGUCUGUCCUCUGCAUUGGGCUCUGGUUUUAGUUAUUUUUGUCUUGGUGGUCUAACAUUUGUAUAUGAUACAAUAAGUUGUGUUUUUACAGAGAGAUAUGAGCAAGAAUGCUAAUCUUGGAGAUUGGGGGAGGGGUAUAGUGUUUCUUGGGAGAUUAUAUCAAAAGAGGUAACCCAUAAGAGGAUUAUGGGGCCUUUUUUAUAGAUCCAAAACACACGGUCUAGAAUCAGAGUCAAUAAGGAAUAUCCCACUAGUUUUUGGUAGUCUAGCGGCGCAAAAUCUGGGUGUGAAGUGAGACACAGGUUGUUGAUAGAUUCGGUUAAGUUUCUCAAUUAUUCAUAGGUGUGUUUUGGACAUGACAUGAAUCAAACCAAUCACAGCUUCUGCACUUGUUUUCUUUAAGAGUCAGGUGUGCAUACAGAUGAGCUUAUAGCUAUUUACACGACAGACUGCAGCCUUUCUACUGAUACACCAGACACUAGCCAACCCGUUUACUCUCCUGUAUCUCUGAACACGUAGAAAAAACAAAUGUGUCACUGUAUGUGAAAGAAUCCAAAAACAGGUAAUGAUUUUCCAAAGUGACACAUCUGUACAUUUACAGUGCACACAUGCCACAGCAGCAUCAGCUCUAUUAAUGAUUUAAAGGUCAGGGAACACUGACAGCAUUGUAUAGUAGGGUAUUAACUAAUGUCCGGUGUGCUUUACAUCUAAGAAAUGGGGGCUGCUAUCUUAUAAUUUACCCUUUUUUCCUACUGGAUCAAAUGGUUACAGUCUACUUUUCAACACAUGCGCAAUGCAUAAUGUUAGGUCUAAUCUAGCAGUUUAGAUGUGUGCUCCUUUAUGUACAUGCAGUUGAGGGAACACACACAAUGAGGCUAAGGCUGUAGCUUUAGGGAUGUUCAGCGCUGAGAUUAUAAGGAGAUAGUAGUGAGCGGUACGUAUGUAUGGAAACAAAGAAAAAUACUCCCAGCUCCCUCAGCCCUCUGAUCCAUCAAAGACUCAACUUCACUGCACCAGCAAAAACAAUGAUACUCUGUCAUGAGUGGAAGCACAGCUGUGCGUCUCUGUGUUCUCUGACAACCUUUUCACUCAUUCGCUAAUUCACGCUCUAAAUAUCAGGAAGGUAUUGCCACUGAGUUCACACGUAAGAGCAGGUUUUUAGUACUUUUUGGUCACAGGAGCAGAUGCUCUCUGCUUCCCCAUGAUAGCAACAAGCCACCUGCUUGCCUGACCACUACUGUCUUUAGCACCGACACACCAAUGGAUGCUAAAGUGAGUGCAAGUUCCCCUCCUAUCUACACACAGAGUUGGUGCUAGGCCUAAAACUAACGAGUCUGGUUGACUUGCCUCAAGGCUUUGCACCGUUUUAGAGUAGUGCCUAAAGUGUUGUAAUGUAACAAACUAGAUACAUCAUGCUGAUUUUUCAACAUCAAACUGACAGUGAGACUGUUUUCCAUCUUUGGAUAAAGCUAAAGGCAUGUUCAGACUUUCUGAACUGUAGUGACUCAGCUGGGGUACUGACUUAUGCAGAGAUGGUAUGUUGGAUGUGUGUGCACACCAUAGACUGUAUAUAGAAUGGAGAGCGUCUGCCUCCUCACUGGGUGAAGCCACUCCGAGAACAGCACCCUCUAGUGAUGGGCUGCAGUAUAAGUCAUAAAUCCCGCCUCCUCCAGCAAUCCUUUUGGAGCUGUGGACAAACUUCAAAAAUUUAUUACAUCCUUUAUUAUCCUUUAUUACACAGGAUAUACAUUUUUCUCCACCCUGCUUGCGAUGUUGACAGUUAUUGUAAGACUGAUUUGUGCUGAAGUCCGCUUUUUUUCUGUGCAGCUCCAGUUUGAAAAGUUAUAAGGGGGUUCAUAUUUUUCUAUGAUUGACACUUGAUUCGGCCUAUGGGCGUACGGCGAUUGCGUAGCUAACCCAGGGAAUACGCUGUUUGAGCUGAACUUCAUCACAGCGACUUUCGGCGACUCUCCCGCCAAAUGCGUACAAUGGUACUGCGCAAUGUUGGUUUCAGAAAGUGGAGAAAAUACACGGCAUAAUCUGUUCAAGAAGUGGAGAAAAUACACGGCAUUACUGAGAGCUUUUCGGCUUCAAAUCCAUAUACUGGUGGUAGGCAGAACCAAGUUGUCCGUAGUAUAUACAGUCUACGGUGCACACACAUAGAUUAAUAAUGUUAAUGUACUCUUUUUAUCUCAAAAAGUCAUUCCUCAUUACAGAUCUUGAAUACCAGUGUAUAAUUUUCAACUCCAAAUAAAAAAUAUAACAAAGUGGUGACAUAAAUUUUUCUAAUUUGUGCUUUAAAGUGUCAGAAUGAUGUCCAAAUUGACAAUCUAAAGACCGCACAAAGGCAAACCUGUUACACUGACAUGUAAAGAAAGCCACUUUUUUUGACCCAAACUUUUUAAAUUUCAACACAAGCAACAUCAAUGAAAAGGCAAAUAUCCAAUCACAGUUAAGAAUUUUUAGGGUGGACCUUGUGGAGGCCAAUCAGAUGUCAGAAGGGGGUCGUACCCGUCCUGCCCUAUGCAUUAAUCUUAUCUUCUUAAUGUGAAGGUGGGUUAAGCACAUAUUUUUACACAGCUCUGUGAGAAACCAAGAGAAUUUAAAGGGUUUUUUUUAAAGCUAAUGUGUAUAAGAGAUGGAAAAUAUUGUAUGUAUGAACAAAACAAGUUCGUUUUUUGGCAUGAUAAUACAAAAACAACAAAAAGAUGAAACAAAAUUAAAAACAUUUUCAAGAGUUUAUUUCCAAACUUUCAUCUGUAUGCAUUUAUGUAUGCUUUAAGUUUAGUCCCUACAAUCAGAUCCUUUGUAUCCACUUUUCAACUUUUCAGAGUACAAACCUCUUUGAAAGUGAAAUUCCCAAGGGCAUCUGCUGUCUGCUUCAUUUGUGCGUUUGUGUCGAGUCGAAAUAAGAAAAGAAUGAAUUUCAUUUUCUGUCUUGAUGUGUGCAUAUGUGUUCACUCAUAUGCACACACACACACACAACACAUAUUAUUGAAGGUUCUCCCACGUCUAGACGAGUCCCCAGGCUACAUAGUCAAAGAAUCUGAGGUCAGAAAUAAUCGGUCACGCAUCCCCUGAUGAAUUUCCAGACACAAUAACAAAAAAAGAUUGUAAAAGUACCCCCACUAUAAUAGAUGAAAUAAGAAAAAAAAAGGGUUUAAGCUAUUAAAGGAAACAGAAAUAGUGCCCUCAAUGGUGCAGUUAACACCCUGAGACUGAGCAAAGAGAGUCAGAAAAACAGAGAGAGAGAGACAAAGGCCGACAAACUGUCACUUACUGUGACAGAGCAAAUGUGAAGCAGUGUCUGUUUUUGCAUGCAGAGGCAUUCUGCUCACAAAAGGGCCAUCUCAGAGGCAAAUCUUUCCCGGCUCACAUCAAAAGAGGCCUUGUUGAAGAGAGACAUUGAGUGGUGGUGAAGAUGACCCCAUUCAACAGAUAGCUGUGCCUUUAGGCGCCGGGUAUCAGCACACAAAUAUGGCAGCUCAUGAAGGAAGCCGGAGAUGAUAGGGAGGGAAAAUAAAGUUCAGGAGUUCAUCAUUUUGUUUUCCUGCGUAUUUCAAUCUAACACCUUGAUUAGAGCACAAAGCAGUUCUGUGAAACUUCAGAGGAUUCAAAAAUAGCAACAGUAUGAAAAGGAAAAACAUCUCAAUCAAUAGCUUGUCCUUUUGUUUGAGAAAUCAUUCUGCAUUUUUGGAGAUAUUGAAUUAUUCAGAGCUGAAAUCUGUAGUAUGCAGACGCUUUCAAAUAUCUUACAGGAAGAGCAGGAUCAGUGGAAAGAUCACAUCAGAAUUGACACAACAAAAACAUGUCAUUAUCCUAAAAAACAAUAACUGUGACAGUGUUUGAGAGCGGUGAUUUCCACUCAUGUCUGGGUAAAUGUGCCGUAUUUUUAGCAACCAGAAUCAUCAGAAAACAAAGCCUGAGAGGGAUCUUUGUCUGUGUCUUAUUUCCAGGCCAGAAAUGGACACAGAGUGGACUUACAUUCGAGAGCCCAUCGAGACUAACUCCAUGGUGUUGAAGGGGUUAUUACCUGAGACGGAGUACCAGUUUGUGGUCAGGGCUGUCAAUGUGCACGGAGCGAGCCCACCCAGCAACAUCAACAGCCCCGUGCGAACACUUGGUGAGUUUUUACAUGAUCAGUUUGGCCUACCAGAACAGUUUAGGCUCCACUCUCUUUUCAGUCUUAUUUCAACCACAUUUUGUUUAUACUACACACCCACAGAAAGCUAAACAAGCCAUGUUAACCUUUGUUUUGCUUCUUUGCGUCACCAGAGUUAUUGUUAUGUUGUCUACUUUGUCCAACCUCACUGUAUAAACCUCAGAGACAGUCAGAAUUUUCUCAAACCAUGCUGCAUUUUAAGACCAAAAAAAGCCUUGAAUUCCAUAAUUCUACAUUCAUAUCAUGCCUUUUAAAUCAUUCAUCUCUUGUCAAUAAUAAAAAUAUCAGGGCCCAAAUUUUUGGUUUAGAGAAGGAGCAUGUUUUUGACAUUUAAAAAAAUGUCACAAUGCAUACUUCACUAUUUAAGAUUCAAAAUUCUUGCAGGAAGUUCACAAUAUCUCCUCACACAGAGAAUUUUUUUUACACAAAAGAGGACUAAAACAAAUGUCUCAAUUGUGAGGUUUUGAGAGAAAAGCGUAGUGUGCGGCCUGACAGUUUUCCUGGUGAACGUAGGACAAAUCCCGCCACUGUGUCAGUGGGUUUUUCUGACUGAGAUACAGAACAGCAAUCAUUUACUUUAUUAUUUUGAUGUAGCCUGCUGGUGGUUGCAUGUGGGGGAGGGGAAUAGCCAGGACUGAUUGAUAUUAAAGCACAUAAACACACAUGCAUUUGCGCAGGUGUGUACAAGAAUAACAUUCACAUACAUGCAAAACAGCUAUGUCUUAAUGGAUCAUAGACUUUGACAUUCGGAUGCUCUAGUAGAAUGAAUAUUUAUGAUGACUGAAAUCAAAAUGCCAUGUAGACACAAUCACAUUAGUGGGAUUGUUUUUUUUUUGUUUUUUUCCUGUGGCCUACAGGCUACACUGCUGACAGAAGAAAGCCAUGUGUACAGGCAGCUUCUGCUCAUAUGCUACGCUAGCUGUCAAACUGUUGUAAAUGCCUCCGAUUAAAUUAAGCGCCCGAAGUAGACCGGGACAGAGCGACAGAGCCGGGAAGACAUGGAGAAUGACAAUGAAAGAAACAAUAAUUUAAACAAAGAUGCAUGAAACAAGAUAAUGCUGAGCCAGUUACAUGGACGAACACACACUCAUGCACAAAAAUCUAAACACACAGACACACACACACAGGAGCAGAACCAAAAAGAUAGAGACGCCUGGUUUCUUAGCAGGGAACAAAAGCGGGUUACGUCCCAGUCUCAUCAGACAGGAUUAAGGAUGGGAUGCCAGACCCCUUCACUGCCCAUGAACCCUCCUGAUGGAUGCAAACACACACACACAUACACACACACACACACAAUGCACCGCUGCUUCAGCAAACAGCAGGGGUGGGCUUGACUGACUGACAUACUUCUCUUGUUGCUCUCUCUGUGAGAGUUCUUCUGAGUGCAUAAGUGUGCGUGUGUGUGUGUGUGUGUGUGUGUGUGUGUGUGUGUGUGUGUGUGUGUGUGUGUGUGUGUGUGUGUGUGUGCGUGAAGCAGUUGGUAAUGUUUGAGGGGGACUGUUACACAACAGAGGAUUAAUUUGCUGAGGGCUUUUUAGGGCCCCCCCCCCUCCUUUAAUGCCAGAGGCAGUCAGUAUCCAGGACUUAAUGUAAUUACGCUGAGCUAAUGACCACUUAAAAUCUUAACAAACUUGGUCUAAUGGUAAAUUUUAUUAUGACAUAACUGGUUAAUGAAACAGUCUCUAUGUUUAGGUUUAGGUUCUUCAAAAUGAACCCAUGGUACAAAGACUCUCAUGGUUUUUAGGGUUGAUAAGAUAUGAGACUGAGGAGACAAAGGGGGUGGGAUGUUGUGGUGUAAACUAAGAUUAAGAUACUUCUAGACACAUUUGUUUUUUUGUUUUUUUUUGCAACUGAAAUAAUAUUUUUAAACAUCUGAAACCAACUCUUCUUCUACCUGAAUUUACUACAUGAAUACAACUCUAAUCUAGGUUUUAAAGAUCAGGAAGGAAGCCACUUCUUCUAUCUGAUUACAUGGAAGUCCUAUUUAGACUGCCUUUAUUUAUCGGUACUUAUGAAGUUUAGACAUGUCCGCAUAUCACUUAUAUUGUUUUCUUCCCUUUGGCAUUAAGAGUCACUAACACUUUGUACUUUUCUCUUUGUUUCCUUUAACUGGUUUUGUUCUUGUUCUUUCCGAGCUGCCGUUCUAUUUCAAGAAAACACAUUUCAGUACGUUGUCCGGCAGCCUGGCUACAGGGUAAAAGGUAGAAAUGAUUGGUUUUGUGUUGUCACUGCUCCAUAACAUUUGUGCUUUGUGAUCAUCAUUGCAUUAUUGAUGAAACGCUAUAAGCACAACAAAACAUCACCACCUCAUGAAAUCCAGCCAACAGUCUUCAGUCUGACAGUUCAUACCACUGUCUGCUGUUGGUUCAGUUUCCAUCACUGUUAUUAUCAUCAUGAACAUCAGCAUUAUCAUUAUCAUCAGUAAUAGCUGCAGCAUUAGCAUCAACAACAUUAGCAACAUCUUCAUCAAUAUUAUCCUGACCAUUAUUAACAUUAUCAUUAGCAUUGUUAUCAUCAAUAUCAUCAUCAUCAUGAAUGUAAUUAUGAUGUUGAAAAUGAUGAGGAUGAUGAUCAUUAACACCAACACCAUUAUUUUCAUUAUUAUCAUCAAAAUGAUCAUCACUGUCAUUAUAAUAAUCCUCAUUAUCAACAUCAAUACACUCAACAACACCAUCAUCAAAAUUAUCUUUUUAACAACAUAAUUAUAAAAAUGAUUAUCAUCAUCAGAAAUUAUUAUCAUUAUCAUCAAUAUCAACAUGAUCAUCACUCUCGUCAUUUUCAACAUUAUCAUCAUCAUUUCCGUCAACAUUAUAGACAAUACCAUUAUCAUUUUUAUCAUUGACCACAUCAUGAACAUGAUCAUCGUCAUUAUAGUCACCAUCACUAUCAUUUUUGCAUUGUCAUCACUCAGAAAACCUCAUUAUCAUCAUUAUAACCACUAUCACCAUCAUCUACAUCAUCUUCAUUAUUAUCAAUUGGUGUCAUUAUAAUAAUCAUUAUCAUUAAAAUCAUUUUAUCAAUUAGUGUCAUCAUCAUCGCCGCCAUCAUCUUUAUCAAUUAGUGUCAUCAUCAUCAUUAUUAUUCAGCUUCAUUAAAAUCAUCAUCAUCAUUAUCAUUCAAAUCAUUUUAUCAAUUAGCGUCAUCAUCAUCUUUAUCAGUAGCAUCAUCAACAGCACUAGCAUGAUUAUCAUAAUUAUAGCUGUCAUUAUCAGCAUCAUCAUUAUCAUCCUUGUUGUUGGCACCACCAUCUCUUUCCUCUUUAUCUACAGUAUCAGUGUCUGUGAUGUUUCUGCUUGAAAACUGCAUUAAAGAAGAUAAAUAAGAAAUGUUUUAUUGUUGGAGGAGUUCAGUCCGGCUUAUACUCUCUCAAUGAUCAUGCUACACACACAUGGGCUUAUACAGGACCCUGUGAACAUGCAAAGACCAGAACCCUGAGGAGUUGGUGGUUCUGUUUCUUGGUCAAGGAAACCUCUGUAGCACCCAGAUGGUGAACUGGCACCUUUCCAGGGUCAGGUCCAACUCUUAUGCUGAGGUUUGUGCUGGGACUUUAAUUGGCCACCCUUUGGUUUCCAGGCUAAGUUUCUACAGACUGAACUACUUCCACUGUUUAUUUUCAUGAAAAUAAUGGUACUGCACUUGACUUGGCAGUCAAGUGCAGUACCAUUCUAAUGUAAACUACUGCUAUUCUUCAUAAUUUAACCUGUGCUUCAUUUCACCUCUCCAAUCAUGUUAUUUUUUCCAUAUAACCCUCUUUUAAUAAACUGGAACAUUAGAGAGUGUGCGAUAACAAACUGUAUUUGUUGUUAUUCUGGACAGGUGUGUCUGAGGUUGGCAGUGGAGAUUACGGGCGUUACAACACUGACUCAAGGGACAGAGAUGAGGACUUCUUUGAUGUGGAUGACUCUGACUAUGACAUCUUUAUUGAAGAGGUGGGAUAUUACAUGCCAAAUAUGGACAAAUAUGGAAAUAUGGACAUCAUUACAUGUAAAAAUAAAAGGCUGAAUGAAAUGAUUGAAGGAAAAUGAGCAAAAAUGUGAAAUUUGAUGCAUCAGUUUUUUAGGAUCACCUCUGUAACCUUUGUUCUCUGUCAUUCUCUCUCCUCAUCCCAGCUGAAGCCGUUCCCAGGUAUCAAUCAAGACAACAGGAAGUCACAGCUGCGUUCACGUUCUGGUCCGCCAUCCGGCCGAAACGUUGUCUAUCGAAUGAACACCAUUGUUCCACCAAACAUAACCACCACUCAGUCCACCACCUCAACAGUAAUCCCAGACUUCUCAGAUCUGAUUUUCUCAACCACCUCAGAAACCAGUACCACCAGAAUCACCACAACUACUGCCCAACCAACCACAGUCAGGUAAGCUGUACCUCAGAAAUGUUGCUGUAUCAUCAAUCGUUGACUGACUGCUUUUUUAUUUGACUUUUUAUGAGUGUUUCCAACUUUGCACAAGAAAAGGUUUAUUAUUGUUCAUUUUUUAACUCGCAGUUCCUUUCCCUCUUUGCUCGCUGGAUUGCUCUCGCUCCUGACUUCCUGCUCUCUCGUUUCAAAUCCCCCGUCACCUUUUAUGCUCUUUCUCUAAAUCCUUUGAUAAUAAUGUUGACUGAUGCGGUGAAAUGUCACAAAAAUCAAAGCUGUCAUUUUAGUUUUGCUGUGAAGCAUGCCAACCACAUUUCUCUUUUGGCUUGCUGACUGUUUCACUUUUUUGAAAAAAGGAAACAAAAUGACCUCCAGGGAAAAAAAGCGGGAGUUUAAAAGAGUCACCUGCAGAUAAAUAUAGGACCAGAGUUUAAUAAAAGAGUGUAAAAAUAAAAUAAGAGUAUCAAUCAACCUAACCUACUGACUUUGUGUUGUCAAAUCUUCAGUCACUCAUGACCUUACACCUGUUUUUCAUCUGCAUAAACAGCACCAUGCCCACCACAACUACCACCCCAACCAUGUCCCCCUGGAAAGGUGAGGUACCUCGAGUGUACGACCUCACCUGCGAUGAUACGGUGUGCCCCCCUGACAGUUUCUGUCUCAGUGACUUUGACAGUGGAGGUUCACGUUGUCACUGUAACCUGGGCCGAAGAGGGGACACCUGCUCUGAGGGUGAGACGAGUGUCGUUUGAUACCCUGUGCUUGGAUGUAUGAACUCCUAUAUUUUCUACCUUAUCUCAUGAUCCCAUCACUAUUUAAUCCCGCAGUGAUACCAGUGAACUUCCCCAGGUUUUAUGGCUACUCUCAUAUGACCUUUGAACCCUUAAAGAACUCUUACCAGACAUUUCAGAUAACUCUAGAGUUCAAGGUAAAGCACUUUGUAUUUUUUUACUAAACGAUUUUUUUAUUUUUUAAAUGGUUGAAAAGACUCUGAAACAGUUUCUCUGUGAUACAGACAGACUCUGAGGAUGGCUUGUUGCUAUACUGUGGAGAAAAUGAACACGGACGAGGAGAUUUUACCUCAUUAGCUCUGGUGCGGGGCAAGCUGCACUACAGGUAAAAGAAAACAUACUAUCUUAAAUUCAGAUUUGUGUCCAGUCAUGAAUUGUUAGUCCAUAGAAAUAUGGUUUAUAAUCAAAAUAAAUCUUUUUGUUACUCCAAGCAGAAAAACAUAUUUCUAACUAUGAUGGAAUAAAACCAGGACUUGACAAAGAGACUCUGAGUCAUUGAGGAUUCAUUUUAUUAGUUUUGAAAAUAACACAUGAGAAAUGUUGUGUUGUCUCCAGAUUUAACUGCGGCACAGGAGCAGCUCAGAUAGUCAGUGAGAGUCGUAUCGUUCUCGGUCAGUGGCACACAGUCACUGUCUUCAGAGACGGCAUGAGUGGCUGGCUGCGUAUGGAUAAUGACACGCCCAUAUCCGGACGCUCACAGGUAACAAGAACACAGUGGUGAUCAGACUAAGAGUCUCACAUUGUUACACAUAUAACAGAAAUUUUGCUUUUCAAGCUUUUAACCAGUCAAUUUCAAUCCAUUUAAGGGAUAUUCUGGUGUAAAAUUAAGUUAGCGUCAUAAACUCCGUAACACAGAGUUAGACACCCCAUCGAGAGAUGAAUGUUGCCGACCGCUUGCUUCUCUAGUUAAACCAACUUUGGUAACGACCGCACGAUAGCAAUACAGAGAGCCACGCGCUCAACCAAAAAGCCGCUCUGUAGCCACAAAUAAUGCUCAGAACAGCACCUAACUUCAUCAACAGUACAUAUAGGGUCCCAGCCACAGCACUAGACACCAAACAUCUUUUUAGCUUUGACUAAUUUCUUUAGCAAAGAAACUAAACACAACUGACCCACUCUCUUCCAGCAGCCGCUUGUUUGUAGUGAGACCUCUGGCCAGUCCAUUACGGACUGCAGCGGGGGCUCGCAGCUCAAAGAAGAACAUUUAUGAUCAUUGCUUUAUCAUUUCCUUGAAGUAAUAAUCAUCAUAUUAAUCAUUUUGCUCUGUGGCUAUAGAGUGGCGUUUUGGUUGAGCAUGUGGCUCUCUGUAUUGCUAUUGUGCGGUUGUUACUAGAGUUGGUAAAACUAGAGAAGCAAGCGGUCGGCAACAUUUAUCUCUCGACAGGGUGUCUAACUCGGUGUUACGGUGUGUUUGACCCUAACUUAAUUUUACACCGGAAUAUCCUUUUAGGGUAGCAAACAGCCUCAAGCUGUUUGUCAGCUACCUCGUGAUCAAUCACAUUGUUGUUCUCCACUCUGUUUUAGGGUCAGUACACAAAGAUCACUUUCCGCUCCCCUCUCUAUUUGGGUGGAACCCCGAGCGCUUAUUGGCUGGUCAGAGCGACAGGGACAAACCGAGGCUUUGUCGGCUGCAUUCAGAGUCUGACCAUCAACAACAAGGCCACAGACAUCAGACCCUGGCCUCUGGGCAGAGCUCUGAGUGGUGCUGAUAUAGGUGAGGGGGCGCCCAGUGCUGUUAGAGUGUGUUGACGUCAUGAUGAACAUGAAAGUAAACAGGAUACACGCUGAAGCUACCUUUUGAACCAUACGUCUCUUUGCUUUGUUCUAGGUGAGUGCAGCGAGAGUGUGUGUGACCGGGUCAGCUGUGCUAAUGGUGGAGUCUGCUUUGCAAACCGGGCUGAUGGUUACAUCUGCCUCUGCCCGCUGAGCUUCAGAGGAGUGCUCUGUGAAGAGAGUGAGUCUCCAUUUCCCUGGAUCUUGCACCUACAUUAAAAAUCACUUUUUUGUCUUGUUUACAAAAGAAGGUAUAGAUUACUGUGAGAGAAGUCGAGUCAAAUCCUUUUGUGAUUCCCUCUCACCUGAUUGCUGUCAUAGAUUCUCAUGCAGAUCUUUAAAGGUAAUUUCUGCGCUGUUGAGUGCAACAUGACGGAAAAAGGGUGAAAUGAAGGUUAUUAUUAUUCCUUUUAUUGAGGGAGUGGGAUUUGUUGAGUGAUGUAACUCUAUCUCUCUCACCUCAUUUCCUCUUUUUACACUUUGCUCUUUUUUUUAACAUCUUCUUCCUCUUCAAUUUCUUAAUGCUCCUUAAAAACCUUCUACAUGUCUCCUCUUCAACUCUUUAGGUUUCUCACUGUCUUCACCUCUCUUCAAUGAGACAGUGUUUUCAUACGCCCUCAUCCCGUGGCCCCAGUCCUCUCAAAGUUAUCUGUCCUUUACGGAGUUUGAGCUGACAUUCAAGCCUUCAUCACCUGACGGGACUCUGCUGUACAGCGAUGACGCCGGCAGCGGAGACUUCCUGGCUAUCAACCUAGUGGAUCGAUAUGUGGAGUUCAGAUUUGACUGUGGCUCUGGAGGAGCAACAAUAAGGUACCAGAUAGAUAAGUUAAUGUUUUUUUUUUUUUAUCUGCUUCAUUUUCUCACUCAUAUUCUAGUCGGCCUACGCUGUAUCUGUUGAUCUGUGUCCCAGGAGCGAGGAGCAGAUCAGUUUGGACACGUGGCACGAGCUGCGGGUGUCUCGCACCGCAAAGAGUGGGAUUCUCCAGGUGGACAGCCAGAGACCAAUGGAAGGGAUCGCUGAGGUAUAUAGGAACGGUGUUGUUUUAAGUUGUGUUGUGUGGUGUUGACCACAAGAGGGCAGAAAAACCUCACAACAAAUACCAGAAACAUUGCCUUGGCAAGCUGAACAUUUUCAGGGUCACAAACACGCUCAGAGUACAUUUUUUCAUCCUGUUUUCUAUGCGUCUUUUAUUCUUUAGAAAUCCUUUUAUUCAACAAAGAUGUCACAUUUUACGUCUAAUUUCUUUCUUACAAUUGAUACAACUCACAUUACUCUGACCAACCCAGGGAUUAGUCUUAUUAUGAGAUAUAACAAUCCAAAAAUAAAGGUUUAAAGUAAAAAGUAAAAUUCAAUAUAUAAGACUCUUUGAAAAACACUAAAAAAAUUGUGAUUGCUGCAUUGACAGGUAUUUUUUUCUAUGUCCCUGUUUUUGGCUUGUAAUAUACUGAUAUAGGAUUAAUUUCCCAACUUGUCAAGUGAAUGGGUGUAUAUACUAAGUGUAAUAGGAUUUCAGUUAGGUGAUUUAAAUAUAAAAUGAAAAAAUUGCUUCUGUUAAGAUUUGAGAUUUUGCAGUGAAAUUCACUGUGUUCUACCUUGUGGGUUAAAAAUGAAGUUUCCUUAAGAACCAUUAGUAACAAAGGGGGGCAAAAUGUCAGCAGUAAGUGUUUCUUCAUCUCUGCUAAGAGCGUUUUUGAAGAUUUUUACACAAUCCAGCCAAACAUAUUAAGUCCCACACAAGGCAAGAUAAUGUUCCAGGUACAUGGCUCAUUUAAAAAAAUCAUCAUAUUUUAAGUGUACUGUCUACUCAUCUUUCAGGGGGCUUUCACUCAGAUCAGCUGCAGUUCGCCUCUGUACAUCGGUGGAGUACCAGAGUAUGAUAAAACAAAGAGGACAGCAGGUGUGAAAAAGCCCUUCACCGGAGUUAUUCAGAAGGUAUGACUGAUAUCCUGUAAAACAUCCGUCCUUGUUGGUCUUCGCUGGCUACCUGUAAGUUUUAAACUCUGUCGAGUGCAGAGUUUUUUACACCUCCCUCCGCUCUCUCUCUUCCCCUUUUUUUUUCAUGUAACCUCUCCAGCUGAUACUCAAUGAUCGCACCAUCCCCAUAACCUCAGGCUCAGCAGGUGGAGUUAAUGUAGCAAACUCAGAACACCCAUGUGUGGAAAGUCCCUGUGCCAACGGAGGGACCUGCAGGCCAAAGUGGGACACUUAUGAGUGUGAUUGCCCCCUGGGGUAUGAUGGGAGACACUGCCAGAAAGGUCAGUAUGACAUCUUUUUUUUUUUCUUAUUAUUUUAUUUUAUUUAGUUUUGUUUUUGUUUUAUUUCGACAGCACUGAGAUGUGUGGUGGCAAAAAAAGAAACUCAGAUGUUUUCUCAAUGCUGUUAUAUAGUCUGUUAAACUACGUCAUUAUUAAAUGGAUGUAUUUUGAAUGUCAGUAUUUUGCACAAUAGAGCUAAUUUUAUCAAUAUAAUCUAAGCAGGUCAAAUAGGAACAUUCAAUAAAAUAGAGGAAAGAAAGAAUAUAAUUGUGAAGGAGUCAGUUAUAGUGUUUUUGUAUCUGUACAUUAUAUGACUUUAACCAUGUGUCUUGAUGUUUACUCUUCUCAUGGAUUAAAGCUGCAUUUUUUUGUGUUAUCAUGUAAUGUCAUGUAAGAUGAUAUAUUGCACAUGCUAAUCCUUUAAGCCUAUUUAUGCCUUCUCUGUUUUUUAACGCAUGCACUGAACAGAGUGUGGAAAUUACUGUUUGAACAGUAAGUUUUCUUCAACGAUUUAAAAAAGACAAAAUUAUCAAUGUACACAUAAUUAUAGUCUCUGAAAACAUAUAUCCUUUACUUUCCUCAUACCUCACUCCCCUCAAAAGCCGUUUUAGUCCUUGUGCUUUAUAAAAACAUGUUGAUGCUGCCACCUUGUGAUGAUAUAAAGUAAAUACAAUCCUUUUUUUCUCAGCUGUGACUGAAGCAAUAGAGAUCCCACAGUUCAUUGGCAGAAGUUACCUCACAUAUGACAACAGAGAUAUUCUGAAAAGGUUGGUCUGAAGGAGGACAACUUGUGCGUCUUUUCAUGACAUUAGUGAUCUUUUUGCAUGUAGAAAUGUAGUUUGGAUGAUGUUUGCUCUGACCACAGCAAGAAUCUUUCUUUCAAACAUGCUUUGUCAUUUUUUCUUUCAGAGUGUCUGGGUCUAGAACCAACCUUUUCAUGCGUUUCAAGAGCACAGCAAAGGAUGGCUUGUUGCUAUGGCGAGGAGACAGUCCAAUGAGACCCAACAGUGACUUCCUAUCUAUGGGGCUCCAGGAUGGUGCCCUGAUCUUUAGGUAAUUUUAUCAAAUUUAAACUUUAUUCAGAUUUUAAAACAUCUUGUCAUUACAUAAAAACAAACCCAGGAAGCAUUAUAAAGAAUGUUAUAAUGAGACAUAAAUGUUAUGUACUACAAAGAGUGAAUAACUAGGCACCCUACCGACAUUUCCAGUGUUCAGGCCCAAACUAUACCAACAUCCAAACAGCUGGACGUGAUUGUCAGAGUUGACUUUGGUUUAAUAAAACAAAAAUUAGUUUAUUCACAGCAUCAUUGAGCCUUAAAAAAACAGUAGUUGUUAUAAAAACAAUACUGGCCAAAGUAUGAACUUUUGCCGUGACAAAUGUUUUCCCUGCACCACAUCACCUGGAUCUAUGAAGGGAAAUUCUUAUGAGACCGUAGCAAUGAACGAUCACAAUCUCUGUAAACCCACUUUGUCUGAAGGUUACGCUGUAUUUACACAUGCGAUUUCUCGUGUAACCUACACUGUAAAAAGAUAAUGGUUUGCUUUUCUGCAGAAUAUUCUACAAGUCUUGCUUAUGACUUGGUGCUUCUUUCUUGCUUGUUUUAUACAUGAACCAGGACAAUAACAAACAUGUAUUUACAGUCAGAACAUGACCUACAAAAAAGCAAGAGUAAUCUUGUCACUCACUUUUUUUUUGUUUUGUUUUAUCGUUCCAGCUACAACCUGGGCAGUGGUGCAGCUAACAUUGCUGUCAAUGGGACCUUUAAUGACGGGAAAUGGCACAGAGUCAAAGCUGUUAGGUAAGCUUUAAAAUGAAAAGAUUUGACCAACAAACAAGAUAAAACAGUUUAAUUCAGAGGCUUUCCUGUCCACCUGGAGGCAGGGGAACAACCUGUGAGCACGAAAACUGACAUGACUCAACCAGUAAAGAAAUCCUCACAGUGACUUGGAAUUUAUGCUAACAUGAUGUAUAUGUAGCAGUUGUUUUGCUAUACUUUUUCAAGUUGAAAAAUAGCUACAUAAAACACAUAAAUAGAUGCUAUUUAUGUAUUUUUGUGUGCACUCACAACGCCACCCCUGCACAAGUCAGCUGGGAAACCUCAGUCUGCUUCUUCCCUGUAUGCUAUUACUCUGUGUGAAACCUUCCCACUAGCAGAGUACAUGAAGAGGCAUGUAGAGUUACUGUAUAGGAAUAAUCAUAAUAAUGUUCAUGGUCUCAUUUGCUUUUGAAGGACAUAUAGAAGCAUAGUUGUCAAUGUUUGCCACAUGCCACAUGAUACUGAAUUAGUUCAGUGUAUUUAACCAAAACAUGAGCCAAAAGAACCUUUAAACUCAAACUGUAAUGCAUGUGAGGAAAAGGUUUGAUGUAUUUUAUUCAAUGAUUUUAUGAAUACAAAAAAUGUUUUUAGAUUUCAGAGGGUUUUUUAACAUAGUGAUGUUUCUCUUCAGAGACGGUCAAUCAGGAAAGCUGACAGUGGACGACUAUGGAGCAAAAACAGGCAGGUCACUGGGAAAGAUGAGACAGCUCAAUAUAAAUGGACCCUUAUAUGUUGGUAUGUGGAGCGCUCAACUCAUUAUCCCACAAAUCCUUCUAUAUGUGCUCAAGAUUAAACGCCACAUUCAAUGUUUUCAUUCUAUACUGUCUGGUUCUCAUGUCUGCUUGUUCUGCGCUCUCCCUGAAGGUGGCAUGAAAGAGAUCGCCCUCCACACAAACAGACAAUACGUCGGGGGCUUGGUGGGCUGUGUGUCCCACUUCACACUCUCCACUGAUUAUCACCUCGCUCUAGUGGAGGACGCUGCAGACGGCAAGAACAUCAACACCUGCUCCAACUAGAGGAUGACUUCAGUGCACAAACUGGAGUGAACAUGUAAACCAGCGUAUUUAAAAACUGGAAACUGGAACAACACUGUUAUUUUGAGUCACAAGAACAUCAGCGUGGCUCCUUUGUGCAAAGUUUUCAAUACAGCUCCAACCUGCCAAGCUGAAAGUUUUGUUCAAACAUUCAUGACUCGUUGAUUCGUUCUGUAAAACAUGGCAUCUGGAAAAAACAGGAAAAGGUAAAUACUCCAUAGUGCAAAAAAAAAAAAAAAAGCUAGGCAUUGUUGGAAAUGAGGGUCUUUGAAAAACCUUUUGAAGGACAUUUGUUAUCAGGGAAUGAUUUCAAUUGUAUCCUUAUUUUUGUACUGUAAAUCCACAUUUGAUUGCAGGAAGAACCAAGCGAUCCAAAGGAUCAACAGCAGCAAGUUUUUCAUGAACCUGACCUAGAUGCAGCUAGCAGAGAUCAAUUUCUUUGUAGAGGAUUUUGGUUUUGGCUCUAGAGGACCUCCGUUGUUUUUUAUUCGUGUAGCAUUUUUACUCUUGUUUGUGAUGUGCUAUCAGUCUGUAGGUCUACACUUUCUGAAAUUUUGAAUUCCAGUCUUUUUAUGGUUUCUAGUUGAAAGGUGAAGAUUCCAGCAGCACACAAUAUUUCCUUCUUCAUACUUGUAUAUGCAUCUUUAUUUGGAACUCUCACCACCCAGUCACAAGAAAGUCUGAUGCUGACACAGUGAAGCAGCUCAAAUCCUGGAGAUAUAGGAGUGACUGUUUGUAAUGCUCGUCCAAACCACAGUACGGAUGCAUUAAGCUUUGUUUUCAGUAGAGAGAUCAGGGUUCUUUCUUUUACAGCUGCUGUGGGGAAAGUGCUUUACCAUGCCAAAGCUUUAUUUUCAAAAUGGACACUCUCUGAAUGUGUAAUCUUGUCUGCAAUGUUCAAAUUUGUUUGAUUUAAAUGUUUUGCCGCCCAAAAAGUGAAACCAAAAUGGAAUAGAUGGUUUGCACAUGUGAACGCACCCUUGUUUUAAUGUUUAAGCACAAAUUCAACAAUUAAAUGUCCUUUUUUAUAUGAGUUCACAUCAUUAAAGUAUGUCAAGUGCU